AGAGCAUCGUACGGACGCGUUUCUUUUUCUUCUCCGUUUUUUUUUUUACUUCCAAAAUUCGCUUGGACGAACGACCGACGACCAUAAAAAGCUUCGACGACGUUCGUGUUCGCGUCUGUUAAAGUAAAGAGUGAAUUUGAAAAUAAUCGCGGUGGCUGCGAUUCAACUCGGUUGAUAAUGCAGUUGGCAGUUGUGACUACCGUUUAAUUAAUGCCCAAAGCUAUGGGAUGACGUACGAUUUGUCCUUCGUGUGGUGGCUUUUCGUUCGAGGCUAGAUCCCGCUGUAUGCUCUCGUCAGGAGGAUCGUAACCACAGUGGCUAGGCAUAGUUCGCGUGGAGCAGUAUGAUGGCACGGUAACAAUGACAGAAAGUUCGUUUCUCAUUGACGAAUACGGUACUAAAUCUAAUAUGUGGAGCGGUUUCCGCAGCAAGGGCUUCCUCAUGUUGUUCCUGAUUUACGUGAUUGUGUUUCAAUGUUUCAUAUAUUACAAAGACUAUCAAGAGCGCUACAAGUGGCAAGAGUUGAGGAGCGAGUUGGAAUCGCUGGUGAGCGAGGAACGAGACUUGUACGGAUUGGUAAACAGCAUCGUCAAGAGGCUAGAGGCGCACAACCUGUUUAACAAAGAGAGGCGAGAGUCAGCCGUGAAGCCCACUAUAUAUGCCAUCACCCCUACGUUCGCUAGGCCUGUCCAGAAAGCCGAGCUGACUCGUUUGUCGCAAACGUUCCUCCAUGUACCAAACUUCCACUGGAUCGUCGUCGAGGACGCGGCAACAAAGACCACGCUGGUCACGCGAUUCUUGGAGGAGAGUGGUUUGAUUUACACCCAUUUGGCCGCGGUGACCCCGCCUAAUUACAAGCUGGGCCGAAACGACCCGAAUUGGAAGAAGCCGCGUGGCGUCGAGCAACGAAACGCGGCGUUACGCUGGCUUCGGGAGAAUCUCAGACCGACCGACAGAGGCGUCGUGUUUUUCGCCGACGACGACAAUACUUAUUCGAUCAAAUUAUUCCACGAGAUGGAGAAGAUACAGAGGGUGGGCGUGUGGCCGGUGGGCCUAGUCGGCGGCUUGAUGGUGGAAAAACCGAUAUGUGAUAACAAUACGAGCAAAGUGAUCGGUUUCAACGCUGCCUGGAAGCCGGAUCGCCCGUUCCCCUUGGAUAUGGCAGGUUUCGCGAUCAACCUGCGACUGUUACUGGAGAACAAGGACGCCGUGUUUUCGUACGAAGUUCAGGGCGGUUAUCAAGAGAGCGAGAUACUGUCGCAAAUUGUCACUAGAAACGAACUGGAACCGUUAGCCGAUUUCUGCACCAAGGUGUACGUAUGGCACACUCGGACAGAGCCACCGCAAUUAAACGUGGAACAGCUGUUGAUCAAGAAAGGUAAACGCUCGAACGUAGGUAUCGAGGUGUGAUCAAAAUGAUAUUAGACAAGUAUACGUCCGUAUAUUUUUCAAUUACCGAGGAAUCUUGCAUCGAGUUAGAUGUGUACGACAUUAUUAUUAAGUUUGCGAGCAAAAGAUACGUAGUAUAUUACAUUUUCGAACACGAAAGAGUGAAUGAAUUUGAUACAAGCUUUUCGUCGUUCGUAUUGGGUCAUGUACUUUGUAAAUUUGAAAACGAUGCGGUGCCAUAAAGCGGAUAGCCGCUAGCUGCGUACUCGAUAAGGCGAAGGUAGAUUUUACAUGAAGUAUGCCGAUAGUAUGCACAAUGACGCGGUUUGCUUGAAUUACAUACUAUUGUUAAGCAAUUCUUUUACGAGUUUUACGAAUCGUUCGCUUUUUAUAUUCUCGAAGGUAAUGCUGUUUGAUGGAAUAAAGACUUUCGUGUAAAAGAAAAAGAAAAAAAAGAUAACGAAACGAUA